AUUAAGGUGAGGAAGGGGUGGCGAAGAGCAACUAUUGCUAACAAUAAUCCCUAACAUCGACAACCAUCCAUCCUUGUCCUUGGAAAGUUUGUGGUGUUUUUGGUGAAUUUUUGAAAAUGGGCUAAUUGACCUAACUUCAGGGGAGGGAGGUAUUUCAAUGCGAAUUAUCAGGACCAUUGACCUUCACGUGGUCCCCCUGAAAACUGUCGCGCUGAAUUUCAUGUAUGUUCAUCACAAUGGGCUAACUGACUUGCCUUUUCAUUGUCUCCCUAUCAUCCCUCACUGAUGCCUCGCUGAGUGUACCGUUAGCGCAGGUAGGGUUACCAUUCCAUUAUCAUCCAUUAAAAGAUCAAACUUUAUGCUAGAUGAGGCGUCUAUCAUCCUUGUGUAAAUUGUUAAUUUUUAACAAAAAAUAUUCUUCCAAAACAAAAUUAAUGGUUUCUUUAUAAAAAAAAUCAACUGUCAAAUGUCAAUCUCAAGACGUCAAUUACUAUCAACAAUGACAACAAUUUACGUCAUUCAUUCUCGAAAAGAUACUUAGUACUUAGGUAUGGACACUGUUUUUUAAGUUUUUAUUUUUCCUUUAUUUUGUAAUAAAUGUUUAGUUUUGAAAUGAAAUGGAGGGAUCACACAAUAAAGAGUCCCUCAACUGUGCCGGAUGCCUGAAUGACAUUGGAGAUGAUGACUAUGUGUCUGCUUUGGGACAAGACUGGCAUAAAGACUGCUUCAGGUGCUCAGUUUGUGAUGCGUUGUUAUCAACAUGGUACUUUGAGAAGGCGGGACUGUUGUUCUGCCAGAAUGACUACUGGAUGCGAUUCGGUGAAAACUGCCAGCAAUGUGGACAGGUGAUGACCGGGCCGGUGAUGUCGGCCGGCGAGCACCGCUUCCACCCCGAGUGCUUCGCGUGCUGCCGCUGCGGCUCGCACAUCGAGGACGGCGAACCGUACGCGCUGCUCGACCGCACGCACCUCUAUUGUGGUGGGUGCUACGGGCAGUCGGACGGCUGCGGCGGCGGCGCAGGUGGCGGCGAGGAGGUGGCAGCGGUGGCGGCGUCGCGGCCGCACUCCAUCCGCGUGGUGGAAGUGCCGGCCGCCGCGCUGCGACGCCCGCCGCUAUUGCACGCGCUCGACGGCUCACACAACCGUUGCGCUGGCAAGCUGUCAUGGUUGGCGCGCGCGAUGCUGCGGGUGGCACUCUCCGCCUGCAUACAACUCACAUGUCAUAGAAUUGAUUCAGCGUGCGGUCUGCUGACCCUACACAUCGGGGACAGGAUAUUGGAGAUAAACGGCACGCCUGUACGGAACCGGCCCGUCGAUGAGCUGGACAAGGUGUUGGCGAGGCCCGACGCCGUUAUACAGUUAACCAUAGAGCACAACCCAGAGACAACAAACAACAACAAAAGAGCGCCAAUGUGUAAAAUUAUCACUGAUCUCGAAGACAAACCGAAGCAUGAUAUCAAAUCGCCUGUUGAAAGGAAAAUAUUAAGAGAAGACUUGAAGAAGAACAUUCCAAUUAGGCAUUCCAAUGAAGUGACUGACAACGAGGGCGAGGACAGUGGCGGGAAAAAGGAACGGCUGUUUAAAAGGAAAGGGGAGGAUGGGGGGAAAGUGAGAUUGAAGCGGAGGCAGACGCCCUCGUCCCCGCUUUUGGGUGAUAAGGAACGGAGUAGCAGUAUGUCAAAAUUGCUCGAUGUGAGCGCGGCGGACGCGCGGUCGCGCUCGUCGUGCGAGGAGCGCGGCGUGCUGCACGAGCUGAGCCGCGCGCGCUCGUUCCGCGCCGCGCCCGCGCCCGCGCCGCCCACCGUCUUCCGCGCCGCCGACCUGCUGCAGGGCGAGCUGCUGGGCUCCGGUUUCUUCGGCCAGGUGUACAAGGUGACACACCGCGACACCAACGAGGUGAUGGUGCUCAAGCAACUGUACAGGGUCGACGAGGACGCCCAGAGGAACUUCCUCAAAGAGGUGGCGGUACUGCGCUCGCUGCGGCACCCGAACGUGCUGCGGUUCGUGGGCGUGCUGUACAAGGACAAGCGCUUGCACCUCGUCACCGAGUACGUCGCUGGCGGCACGCUGCACCAUCUCAUACAGGACCCCGGCGUGUCGCUGAGCUGGGCGGCGCGGGCGCGGCUGGCGCGGGACGUGGCGGCCGGCGUGGGCUACCUGCACCGCCGCAACGUCAUCCACCGCGACCUCAACUCGCACAACUGCCUCGUGCGCGAGGAUCAGACGGUGAUAGUGGCAGACUUCGGCCUCGCCCGCAUCGUGCAGCGCACCGCUAGCAGCACGCUGGAGCGACCGCGAGCCGCACGCGUUGCGUCCGCCGGCCCCACCGCACCCUCCGCCGGCACGCUGCGCCGCAAGCGGUACACGGUGGUUGGCAACCCGUACUGGAUGGCGCCGGAGAUGAUGAACGGCAACUCGUACGACGAGAAGGUGGACGUGUUCUCCUUCGGGAUCAUACUGUGCGAGAUAAUCGGGCGCGUGUCUGCGGACCCGGACUUCCUGCCGCGGCGCGCGGACUUCGGCCUCAACGAGACGGUGUUCGUGGACAAGUUCUGCCGCAGCCACGCCUGCCCCGAGCCCUUCUACCGCGUCGCCUUCCGCGCCUGCCACCUCGAGCCCGACUGCAGGCCAACGUUCGAGGUGAUAGAGAUUUGGCUGGAGACGCUGAUCCAGCAGCUGUGUGCAGGCGCGUCCACGGCGGCCCUGCUGGACGACAUUUGCCGUUACGGGGCUGCUCCCGCCUGCGGCCUGCAGCGCUCGCCCAGCAAGCUCAGCGGUGGGCAACUAACGCCCGACGGUCUCGUUAAGUCAAAGUCGAACGUGACGAUCGAAGGCGAGGCGGCGGCGGGCGAGGCCGGCGAGGCGGCGGGCGGCGGCCGCGCGCUCGGCAAGUGCGUGUCGGCCGGCCACAUCAGCGCCGCGCGGCCCGUCGUCACCGUCACCACGCUCAGCCGCAGCCACCACUCGCUGCACCCCGCGCCCGCCGGCUACAUCCUGCGCGCGCACGGCAACAGCAUCAACAUCACCAAGGUUGAUGACAUCAGUAAGUGGUUGGACUCCCCCCCGCCACUGAAGCGGACCAGCCCCGACUCGCAGCUCAACACCCUUACCUUGGAGCACAACAACAAGACCAGGAAAGUGGACGCCGCCCUCGGACAAGGUAACCUACCCUGCUUUCUCCGCAAUCAGUCGGUCGAAGGGCUGGAGAGCAAGUCCAAACACGAUAUGGACCCUCCGCACCCUAUAUGUAGGCACAUCAGCAUUCCAGAUGAUUGUGAAAUCACCCGCGAUCAGGAUACUGAUUCGUCCGAUGACGAUGAUGACCUUGACAUCGCAGACUGGCACAGGAACGUAAGUACAUUCCAGAAGGUAGAGAGAAUGGAUGUGGACCAAUCGAAAAAUAUCCUUACGGGAUUAAUGAAGAAAGGUGAAAAUUUAUUGGCGAAAAAGUCCAGUUACGACGUUACAGAUAUAUCGCUAAGGAACCCCGAGUGUUUGAAGGGAGAGAGGAGGAUUCCAGAGACGGAUUGUAGGAGGUACAAUAUAGACUUUUUAACUAAAAGCCCUAUCAUGGCAGAAGGUGUGAAAAACAUUCCAAAGAGUUUAGAAGUACGUGAGAAACCCACGGAGAAAUCUGGGUUCUUUACUAAGAAACUGUUGUCGCCAAAGUUCAGUAGACUGUUUAGCCCCGAAGUAUCAAAAAGUAAGCCUGAAAACUGUGAGAACAAGGAGGAGAAGUCAAGAAGUAAGUUUUUCAUCCAUCGACCAGCGUCGCCCAGUAAUAUCUGCCGGUCAUACAAAGUGAGACCCUCUGAAGAUCGUGACAGGAAACCGAACUUGAGGGGGGAUAACAGUGAUGUCUUGAAAAGUGACUUAAAACUGGCCAGUUUAGGGAAACCGAUGACGCCCAUAUUCAGGCGUCACCUGCCCACAGAAAAGCCGGAGUUCGCCGACGGUCGGUUUAGCUACCGAGACCGGCGUUCCAAGUAUGACGGUAAAAGUCAGGAGCCCAAAUUUGUAGAAAUCGGCCGCAACAGGAUCAAAGCACCGAUCAAUGCGAUGGAGAAGAAUAAAUUAACUCCUUUAAUACGUAGUUCCCAGAUCAAUACCAUGCCCGCUCUGACUCCCGUAUUGGAGAAGAAUAAAGGGGAAGUUAAGGAAAAGAAAGAGGACGUACCGAAGCGACGGGAGGUGACCAUAUCGAGAAGUAACUACGUGAGCCUCGCCAACCUGAAGAUCAACAGUAAAGCGAGGAAUUUGGAGAAAACGGUACAGGACAAGUCCAGGAGCACUGUAGAUGAGGGUUCGCCGGUCGAACGGGUUAUUUAAGUACUGAGGAUAUUGAAACUAUUAACAACGAGUAAAAUACAACGAAUUUUUUUUUUUUUAUAAGAACCAAUCAGGUUGUGUUCGUUCAAAAAAACAAUAUUUAACUUUUUUUUUUAUUUAUUUAUUUAACUCUUUAUUGCACCAUAAAUAAAAAUAUACAAUGACAAGUGAAUAAUUCAAGUGAAAUACAGUAAUAUAAAUACAGAUUGAAAUAUACACAUAAAAGUACAAAAGGCGGUCUUAUCGCUAGGGCAAUCUCUCACAGACAACCUUUGGUUAAAGGAGAACAGAUAGAAAUGGCCAUUGUAUGGGAUUUGUACCAUGAGGUUUGGAACUAAAUGUCAUUUUGAAGCCAAAAUCGACAAAUUUACCCUUGUCGUUUUACUUUGCCGUUGUCACAGAUAAAAAAAGAUUUAAAACAAUAGUGAGUUGUCUCUAUCUUACGUACAUUUAAUAAAAAAUAGGGUCUUUUAAGGUUAAAGAAAAUAUUUGUUUGUACGCUUGUACAGUACAUUGUCUUUCCAAUACAUUUACAGUACAAUUAUAGUAAAGUAUCUGAAAAAAUAUAUAAAUAUAUUUUCCGAGAAGUGUCGACUAUUUGUUUUCAAAAUUAAUUUACAAAAUAGUUGGAAUAAAAAUUGGCAUUAAUAUUUCUUUUAACAUUUGCGUGUAUAUAUUUAUAUUUUCGAUUCUAUUUUAAGUAUUUAUUAAUAAAAAAGUGUAAUAUUUUCGUAAAUAUGUCUGUUGUUGAUAGUUUCAUAAUCUAUUAAAUAUUUACAAACAAUACUCUUGCCAUGUUGAAAUAUUCAGGGCGCUUGAAGUAUGUAACUUGAUAGCUGCAUUAAUAAAAUGUAUUAAACAAUUACAUACAUUUAUCGAUGGUUGAAUGGUCACCAAACAAACGUGUAAACAUUCCCGCCAAUUUUUUAUAGAGUAAUUAAUACCAGAGACUAUAUUAUUUAGUUUUUUUUUUCAAUAACGUUUGUUUCAUAAAGAACAGGCUAAGGUCAAUGAUCAUACUGCCUAGUCUUCAGUUUUAGUUUAAAUAUUGCUGUUAAUUACACGAAAUUAAUAUCUUCGAUUGACAAUUAUUUAUAUUUCACAUUUCAUUGUCUGAAUCAUAAUUCUUUAGUGACUAUAUUAUUUAAUCUUCAAUCUGGAAUGCCAAAAAUCUUUCACUACCAUAGACUACAUUGUUAACUUUUUUUCUCGUGAAUGUCAGCGACUCAUCAAAUAUUGAUAAAAAAAUAAUCACUGCUUCCAGCGCCCUGAGCCUAGUUGAUAUACAAUUGUUGUGUUUGUACAUGUAUACAUUAGUAACUGCGUUGUUAUAGCAUAGAUAGUGCACGAUAAGAGAUCUAAGCUUCGAUUGACUUUACGCGAGGGUUGACAUAUUUAAUUUUAAUUUCACACGAGUUAAAUCUGCAUCGUUAAAUAAUUUGAUUCAACGAAUUUAUAUAUCCAUAAUAUCGCUCCAUAACCCACUGUAUAUUAUUGUUUAAAAUGAGUUUAAACCUUUUUAUAAGAUUGAGAACAGAUCGGCUCUCUACUUUGGUGUUUCUAAUGACUAUUAGUUACUUCUAGCCAAAGUCUAAAAAAAAAUUGUCUAUGGAUUGCAAUAAUCAUUUACAAUGGUAAGUAAUAUGAUAAGGUCGCUUGUUCUUUUGUUAAAAAAAAAAACUGUACUACAUAAAAAAAUUUAAAAAACUACAGAAAGACAAGAAAAUGGUAUUAAAAAUAUACAAUCAUAUUUUAUCCUAUCUAAGGAAUGAAUUUCUUGAGAUUGUAAAAAAAUUUGAAAUGUUAAUUAAAAAAAAAUCAAAAUGUAUCUCAUUAAAACUUUUUCAACUUAUUCUAUCCAUUCGUUAUUCGCUUACAAGUUUUGCUUAACGUUGAAAGGUAACCUAAAAUUGGGAAAAUAUUGGCAAUAAAUAAAAUAAAAAAAAAAAAAACAAAAAACAUUUCCAAUAAAUUAUAUAUAAAAUUCUAAAUUAUUACUAGAACCUAUGAAAAUUGAUAUUUCAAUAAUAUUAUUACAUAUUUGAAUUAAAAUAUGUGUAAAACAUAAGCGCUUUCAGUUGAAAGAGAAAAUAAUGAUCAAUUUACUUUAUUAAUAUUCAGCAAAAACUUAUGGCGGAUAAUCUUGAAAAUAAAUUAAAAAUAAAAAAAAAAUCUUGUCUGAAAAGUUCGAGCACAUAACGUCAUCUAUCGACGACUAUUAAAACUAUUGAAAUAGGCUUGUUUGCAAAUACUUAUAUAAAAGGUCGGCAGCGCACCUGCAAUGCCGUUAGUGUUGCGGGUGACCAUGGGCGGCGGUAGUCACUUACCAUCAGGUGAGCCGCAUGCUGAUGUCCCGUGUUGUAAAAAAAAUAUAUAUAUUACACAAUUUUACUGUAAUUUGGAAAGAGAAAAUUUAAAAGAGUUUAUUUGAAACUCACCAAUUACUCUUUUGUAAAUCAAUCUACAUACCGUUCAAAUAAAAAAAAUGGGCGUGCAUCUAUUCGAAAUACACUUAGUAAGGACUGCAUACACUUAAACCAUCUUAUUCAUAAAAAUAUGAAGCGACUAGUAAACCUAUUUUAUAUGUUGAAGUGUUCUGCCUUUUUCUUUCGCGCCAAUUUCUCAAUUUGGUAGAAAGUGACAAUAGUAUAAUUUCUAAAAUAGGUUUGUACGUGGUAUUAAUUUUUAUGAGAGGGUCAGUGUUUUCAGAUAUAUCGUCACCUCUACGGCAAAUUUACGAUCUGCAGUUUUGUCAAAUUUGACAUUUCUUUAGAAAUCUACAUUUUGCGCCAUACUACUUAUUGUGGCUUAUUUUCAAAUUUCUAUCUCUAACGGUUGAAGAAAUCGAGUAGCUCGAAUCUCCAUAUUUUUGUGAUAUACCCAAAGUAAACUUACUUAGCAUAUUUUUAUAGUAUUUUCAAUAAACACUUUAAUUUGAAAAUUUUAAUAAUUAUUUUAACAAUUUUUCAAUCCUAAUUUAGUUAUUUUACAUGAAUGAUUGCUUUAACGUUGUUAUUUAAACUGAAGUUUUCUCCAAAACACGUGAUUUAUACCUUGGUAUAUUUACGAAAGUGGCACUUUCGUUAGUUUGCCAGAUAUUAAAAUAAAUUAUUUUCUUUGGCAACUUACGAAACUGCCACUUUCGUAGAUUUGCUGUUGUAUAACUCAAUACCUAGGAACUCUCAUGUAUGAAGGUGCAAAGUAACGAAUAUGCAUUUAUUUCUGAUACUUGUAAUAUAAUAAUAAUUAAUUAAGUGCAUUCAAUAAAAAACAGGAUUUUAAAACUAAAAUGCUAGCAUGAUCGUUUACAGUAGUCUUCUGUCAAAAGUUAUUUGCAUUCUAAUGUUUCAAAAGGUUCCCCUGUAAAAUGUAUCUUUUUCAAUUUCGUAAGUUUACCGUAGAGGUGACGAUAUUAUGUGUGUGCGAUUAUUUGUGUGAAAUCAGACUGUAGUUAUUAAACGCCUGCAGCGGUGCCUUCGUCACAAGACUGCCUAGAGGUCCGCAUCGUCAAUUGUUUAUAUACACUCCAUGUGGACGGUACCCCGACGAUUAGAGUGGUAUAACACUGGUACAAGUCUGAAGAUUAAAUAGUCGCUUACAGUGCUGUUUCAGACGUGUUACCUCCCGCGUUCUAGCUGUGGAAUAAGCUCCCUGCCGAGGGUUUCCCUAGAGACUACAGUAUGGGGUUGUAUUUAGGUUUCUUCAAGGUCGACAACACGCACGUGACGCCUCCAACCCUUAAAAGCCUGAUUUUUUUAAAUAAAAAAUAUAUAAGUGUACCCUUUUACUGUGUUUACUAAUGGGGAAAAAUAGUAAAAAAAUCAAAACGAUACAUUUUUAAUUAUUUAUUUUAAAAAAAAAAAAAAACGUUUGGUAUCAUUUUUGAUACUCCAGGCAUUACGGUAAUCAAAAUAUUUAAAUUUAUUUAUCAAUGAAACAAUGCAAACGUCGGUAUCAAAUUUGAAACUUCACGUAUUUAAGGGCUAAUGUUGCAGGUGACCAUAGACUACAUUGACUGACUGUAAAUGCUUGUUUGCCAUUUUUGUGGUAUAAAAAAAUAACGCCACGUUUACUAUAAAACAAUACAUGUUUAUGGUAUUGAAGACUGUUUUCCACAUGAUACUUAGGAUGUCAAAUAAGUUGACGACCCACCUGAUGAAAAGAGUAAUAGUUGAUGGUGAGAUCUCUUUUAAAAUGUUUUCAAAUAAAAAUAUAAUUUAUCUCCGUCCUACUUGUGUUUUUUACAUGUAGAAACUUAGUAUGAAUAAAAAGUAUGCAAAUUUAGUAAUAAUCAAUACGGUAAACGAUUUAUUUACAAUUCUCAUAUACGUGUAGUUCGAAACGAGGGUUUUUUUAUUAAUGGGCGAAAAUGGUAUGGUAACCCCGCCUGCGCUAACGGGAUACGCUGGCGGCGCACCAGUGAAGGGUGAUAGAUGAGAAUGAAAACAGGCCAGUUAGCCCAUCAUGAUGAACUCAUCAGGAAUUAACCAUGAUAGUUUCCAGGGGGAACCACGAGGAGGUCAACCUGGUUGGGUAUAUUGCUAGCAAUGGAAUUCACAGUCUACAAUACUAACAAUCCGUUUCCCCCCCGAAACGAGGGUUAAAAUUAUUCUCAAUGGUACUGUCCAAAUGGAACGUAUCAAAACUGUUUGGUAUACAAUUAUACACAAGUUAUGUUCACUGUUUGUAGUUUUAUACAAUGUAGCUAAUAAGUAUUGUGACGUAUCAGUAAAGAUCGAUUUAAUAGUAGUAAUAAUUUAUACACAAUGGGAAAGGCAAAGUAACUAAGCCAUACAUCCUGGUCUCUAGUAAAAUCAGUAACAAUUGUUUGUUUACAACGAAAGAGGUAAAGGCACAAAGAUAUACAACCUUAUUCUCAGUAAAUAAUAGAUUAAAAAUAUAAAUAAAAGUGCCAAGGUACUAUAAAAUUCUACAACAUAAUUAAAUAUUGUUUUUGUAAAGUCAUUUGUGUAAGUAUUCGUUUUUUUUUUUUAAUAAGUAUGUACUUUUAAAUAAUAUAUCAAAAUAUUUUAUAUUUUGUUAUAUUAUGCAAUAACGAUUGUAUUUUUUUACAUUUUGUUCUCUGUAGACUCGUAAUAAAAAUAUAAUAUGCUUUAGUGAUACGUCACAGUUAUGGUAACGCGCAAUAAUUAUAGACAAUUUUUACGAAAUCCAAAGUAUUUAAUCUCUUUGUCUAUUAAUUAGUAGGUCACAUUUUUUACAUGUGUGUGUAUUAAAUUUACUCCUGCGAGUGUAACGAAUCUCUGUAGUGCCAUUGUAUAGGCUUGUUUAUAGUUCACUACAGCAUCGCAUGAUUUGACUUUUACGAUUAUAAAAUAGAAGCGACAUGUACGCGAUUGUAUAGAGACUAUUUAAAUUCUCCAAUUAUGAGAACGUAUACGACAUGAAAUUAGGUUUUUAACAUAAUAUAACGAAAGCCUAUUGUCAAUUUAUCUCGAUUAUGCUGUUGUGUACACAUAACUAAACUUCAGCUUUAGUCUGUAAUUAUUGGCGGGAAAAUAUUAAAAAAAAGUUCCCGCCAAAUGGACUUUUUUUAAUGCACAUGACAGUACACUUUUAAGUGACGCUAUUUGCGCAUAGCUUUACGUUCCUUGUUGCGUACAUUUUUAUUUUUCGGUUACAUAUAUACUGUCUAUAGAAUCAUGACGUGUGAAGGUAAAUAAUAAAUAGCCUAUAGUAAUGAUGUUGGACACUUGGCUCGAAGUGGUGUAUACGUACUUAUAAGAUAAACUGAAUGUUUUCAGUGUUUUUUUUUUCUUACUAAAUGUAAUUGUUAAGUAUAUAACUUAGUAUUAUGAUAAAGUGCCCCUUGAGCCGAGUGUAUCAUCACAUCCCAUAAAUAAUUUGACGUUAAUUUUAACUAUGAAACAUAAAAAUACAUUGCGUAAUGUUGUUUCGCAUAGUGUGUUUGCUGCGACCAUAUUUUUAUAAGACAUUAACAUUUUUUUCUAACAAAAUAGGUGCGAGGACUAACCGUUUCGGUUGCAAUAUUAGCUGAACAUGUUUUUUUAAUUAUUUUGUUAAAUUCUAUCACAGCGAACACGCUGUAGAGUUGCGUUUCCUAAACAUUUAUGGCCGCAGAAUAUUCCUUUUUUUUAUUAAUCCUUAUUCCUAAUUUCUUUUGAUCUAAUAAAAAAAUAAUACAUUUUUUGAUAACUCGUGCGUGAUUAUACAUGGAAAUAAAAUUCAACAUGGGAGACACGAUUUUUAAUGUUUGAUUAAUAAACUUCGUAUUCCUUAAUUAAUUUCUGACAUUAUUAUAAUUAAUUUUAGUUUUUAAAAAACUAAUUUAUUAACAGCAAUAUAGAUUAGAUUUAAGUUAUAGACAAUAUAGAAGUCUGACUUUUUAAUGUUUAUUACACAGGGUGCCAUUAUGUACUUUAUUUCAAAUAUAUUAACUAGGAGAGCAAUGUUCGAUUAUAAUUAAAAAAAAAAAGAAAUUUAUUUACCUAUUAUAAAAGUAAGUACUUGAUGAAAUCAAAGUUUAUUUAUAAUCGCACAUUGCAUUUAUUUUAAGGAUCUGUUUGAAAAAUCUCAUUUUUAUAUUUCGUUUACCGAUAGCUUGUGCUCAUUUUUUAUAUCUUAUCUGUGAUACAUUUUGUUUGUAAAACGUUCUCUGUAUUGAAUAUUUUGUCUCAUAAUUUUAAUACUUUUAAAAUUAUGGACUGGUUUCUGUACCUUUAAAAAAAAUAAAGAUUUUUGUAUUGUAGAGAGACCGCUUAAUUUAUAAGUUAACAUUAAAGUUUAGUUUUAGUAAUAACAACUGAAGCUCUUUGCGGUCGAAUAAUAUAGUACAUACCUAUCCAUGUACAGAUUAGGCUAACAAACUAUCGUAACGAUUGUUUUUUUUUCUAUAUCGUAUUAAUCUAUGUAUAAUUUUUUUUUUUUGCAACUUUCCCGCCUUUUGUAAUUUAUCUAUGAUUCAGGUUAAUCUAUAUUUGAAGGCUUUGAUUUUAAUACCUACUAUGUAUACUUUAUGAUUUUAUAAGAUUACUUAUAUAUUUAUAUUUUUAUGAACCGCAUAAGGGCUAAAAAAACGUUAACACAUUAAUUGCAAUAACAACGACUCUCUCCGUCUCCUAGCAUUCCACGUGUCUUUUGUAAUUGUUUAUAAGUACAAAUAAAUAAAGGAUUAUAUUGAUAUUUUAAA